UACCGUGUCCCUUCGUUUUACAAUCAAGAAUGAAAAUAAAAAUAAUACAUCAAUCCGUUUUUUACGUGUGUCACACUGCAAAUUAUGUUUCAAUUGCUAUUGUACGUUAAUUAUUGUGCGUUCCUGCAAAGACGUUCAAGUUAUUUGUGAAUUUUAUUAAUUUCCAUAUUUCUGAUAAAAGCACACGAGCAGUUUUUUAGGUUAUGUACGCAAAAUGUUUCUUUCUAGAAGGAACUUGUGUUUCAUUGUGAUAAUUUUAGUUCAAAUGGUAAAUGUUCGUGGACAAAUGGUAAAUGUUCGUGGACAAAUGGUAAAUUUUCUUGGACAAAUGGAUGAAUCAAAAUGGGAGGUAGCAGGGACAGUUCCACCACCAAUUACAAGAAAUUACAUUCUACAAGGAAAAACAAAUGUGACAGCAACUAAUUCUUAUGCUAAUGUAGCUAAAUUUAAUUGCUUGACAGACAAAGUGUAUGGAUCAGUAGAAAUUGUUAAUGCAACCAGAUUAAUGAAAUUAUUAAUGUUAGAACCUGGACUAUCAAAUAGAAGUAGAAAUGACAAGGACGGUAGACUGAUACCAGGAACAUGCAUGAUAGUAUUAUUUUAUGCUAGAUGGUGUACAUUCUGUAAUCAGGCUGCACCUCAUUUUAAUGCAUUAUCACGUUCAUUUGCACAUAUCAAGGCAGUGGCAAUAGAUGCCAUAAAAUAUCAAAACUUUAAUGCUCAAUAUGGAAUUGGUGGUGUUCCUACAUUAAUGCUUGUUCACAAUGGCAAACCUGUAGCAAUGUAUAAUGACACUGUUUAUACAUUGCUAUCUUUUGCAAAAUGCAUAACACUUGCAACUAAUUUACAACCAACUGCACCACUUUUUGUUACAUCUGCGGAUUUUGUUGGGCCUGUUUCCAGUACACCUUCCAAUGAAACAGAUUACUGUCUAGUCCUGUCAUGGAUUUUCAUUGCUGCAUGUGCAUUGUAUUUUACAUCACAGAGCAGAUGGUGGCAGCAAUGUGUAGAAUUAAUUCAAAACACGUGGCGUGAAAGCAAUGCUCAACACGAACAUGCUGAUUAGAUAAUUAAUAGAAUUAAGUUGGUAAUAAUAAUUUGCAUAAU